GCUGCUUGUGGUCACAGCCAGGCACGCUCACAUCCCAUCUGGAGCACGCUCGCGUUUCUCCCUUCUGCUUCCCUACCAUAGAGUCGCGCUGGAAACAGAAGAUAGAGGGAGUGGAGGAGCUCGCCAUCUCCAAGCGAUCUACAGUGGGAAAAACAUGGAGUCCGCUCCGGCAGCCCCCGAUCCAGCAGCCAGCGAGCCGGGCAGCAGCGUCUCCGAGGCGGCCGCCGGCGCCAGGGACACCCCGGCGAGCCUGGAGCCGGCCCGGAAAAGCGAUGCGCCGGCCGCCGGCCGCAGGCAGAGCUACUCCAGCAGCGGCAGCGGCAGCAGAGAUGUUGAUACAAAGGCUUAACCAUCACAUGCGAAGACAGCACCAUCUCUUGGGCUUCAAAUACUGUAACCAUGCUGUGGAACUGUGUUCUUGUUUCUGUGACGUGAAUAGAAACCAUGUGCUCUGUAGUAAUGAAGGUAGUGAAAAGAAUGAUAGCAGCACUGGUGUCUUACUGAAAUUGAGCAAUCAAGGUAUUUCUGUAACAAAGAAGACUCAUACAUCUCAAAUUGAAAUUAUUCCAUGCAAGAUCUGUGGAGACAAAUCAUCAGGAAUCCAUUAUGGUGUCAUUACAUGUGAAGGCUGCAAGGGCUUUUUCAGAAGGAGUCAGCAAAGCAAUGCUACAUACUCCUGUCCUCGUCAGAAGAACUGUUUGAUUGACCGAACCAGUAGAAACCGCUGCCAACACUGUAGAUUACAGAAAUGCCUUGCUGUGGGGAUGUCUCGAGAUGCUGUAAAGUUUGGUCGAAUGUCAAAAAAGCAGAGGGACAGCCUGUAUGCGGAGGUACAGAAACAUCGAAUGCAGCAGCAGCAGCGAGAUCAUCAGCAGCAACCAGGAGAGGCAGAACCACUAACACCAACAUACAAUAUCACCACCAACGGGUUAACAGAGCUACAUGAUGACCUCAGUAAUUACAUUGAUGGGCAUACCCCUGAAGGUAGCAAAGCAGACUCUGCAGUUAGCAGCUUCUACUUAGACAUACAACCUUCUCCAGAUCAGUCGGGUCUUGAUAUUAAUGGAAUCAAACCAGAACCAAUAUGUGACUACACACCAGCAUCGGGCUUCUUCCCUUAUUGUUCUUUUACAAAUGGGGAGACCUCUCCAACUGUGUCCAUGGCAGAAUUAGAACAUCUUGCACAGAAUAUUUCCAAGUCUCAUAUGGAAACGUGCCAGUACUUGAGAGAAGAGCUACAGCAGAUAACAUGGCAGACUUUUCUUCAGGAAGAAAUCGAGAACUAUCAGAACAAGCAAAGGGAGGUAAUGUGGCAGUUAUGCGCAGUCAAAAUAACAGAAGCUAUACAGUAUGUAGUGGAAUUUGCCAAACGCAUUGAUGGCUUUAUGGAACUGUGUCAAAAUGAUCAAAUUGUGCUUUUAAAAGCAGGGUCUUUAGAGGUUGUGUUCAUCAGAAUGUGCCGUGCCUUUGACUCCCAGAACAACACAGUCUACUUUGAUGGCAAGUAUGCUAGCCCAGAGGUUUUCAAGUCCUUAGGUUGUGAAGACUUCAUUAGUUUUGUGUUUGAAUUUGGAAAAAGUUUGUGUUCUAUGCACCUGACAGAAGAUGAAAUAGCUUUGUUUUCUGCAUUUGUUUUAAUGUCAGCAGAUCGUUCAUGGCUUCAGGAGAAGGUAAAAAUUGAAAAACUUCAACAGAAGAUCCAGCUAGCACUUCAGCACGUCCUACAGAAGAACCACCGAGAAGAUGGAAUUCUAACAAAGUUAAUAUGCAAAGUGUCUACUUUAAGAGCACUGUGUGGACGACAUACAGAAAAGCUUAUGGCAUUUAAAGCAAUAUACCCAGACAUUGUACGACUUCAUUUUCCUCCACUUUACAAGGAGUUGUUCACUUCAGAAUUUGAGCCAGCGAUGCAAAUUGAUGGGUAAACGUAUCACCUAAGCACUUCUAGAAUGUCUGAAGUACAAACAUUUAAACAAAAGAAAGGAAAAGAUUAAAAAAAAAAAAAAAAAAAGAGAAAAAAAAAAAAGAAAACCAAGACACUUUAUAUGGCCCUGCACAGACCUAGGGAGCCAACACACUGCACAUCUCUUGGCAGUCGGGGUCAGGCGAAGGAUGGGAAACAAUGAAACAAAGUUGAACUUGUUUUUCUCAUGCAUAUGAUUUCCAUUAUGCCUACAAAUAUGGACCCUUUUUCUGUCUCAGCUUCUCAAUCCUUGACCUCUGUUUACACAGACUGAGGGUACUAAUAUCAGAAGGUUGUUUUCUCUUGUAGUUCACUGCCCAGACUUCUGACAGAACAAUCAAUUUGUUGAUCAGAACAGAGAGUCCACCUAGUAAUCAGCGACUGGUGUGCAUUGCAGAGAUUUCAGCAUCAGUUUGCACAACUUGCUCAUUGUUUCAUGAAGGACGAUUUUUUUCACCUACCACUGUUUGCCAGUAGACAGAACGGCAUGAAAAGGGUCCAUAGCAAUAGCAACAAUAGCAUUAUAAUAUAUUACAGGGUAAAUGGGCAUGAAGACUAUAUAUAGCAAAAGAGAUAUUGUUUAUAUAUUGUUUUAAUUAAUAUAAAAUGUAGUUACUGGUAUAGCUUUUCUUGUUGAAUUGAUAAGGCACUUUCAUUUUGCACCUUUUUCUUUAAAUUAAAUGCUAGCGUGUUCAUUGUUGUGUUGCAUGUGCACCAGAAAUUCAAGUUUAACUGAAAAGGGUUUUUGGCAGGUACUGGUACAUUGGGAGGUAUUUAUGCUGCUGUUUUCCAUGUUACUUUUAAAGAGAGGCUGGUCAUAUCCUGAAAUGGUUACAAAGUUUUUUUUACAGAGUUUGAAAAUAACAAAAAGUUUCUAAAUUAAAAUCAGCUUUCCAACUGUUAAUUUAAAAGGUACUUUUGUUUUCAAAUCUUUCAAACCUGGAUGUUUAAAAAUUACAUGCCAAGAUUCAGAUUUAGGCACACAAGUCAAAAGCCUCAUUUUCAAAGGUGCUCAGAUUCCUUGGACAAAGUUAAACUAAGCAAUUACAGAUCGCUUACGGAUAGAAUAAAGCAUCACCCUUGAAAAUCAGACUGUUGAACAAAGUGUACAAAGCCCAAGAUAAAUCCAGGUUUGAAGGGAUUUACUCAAGUCUGUAUCUACAGUAAAAGUAUGUGUAUGACAUGUAUGUGGAAAAUUGAUUUUUAGACAUAAUAUUACAUACUUUUUACUCCAUUUUGUAAACAAUGCCUUCAAACUCCAAACUCUAUCCUAUCAAAACCCACAGGAUGUUUGGUUUUGGCUUCAGAGAGAUUAGACAAUGACCCACAUUCUUCAAACAUCCACCAGUUCAAUUUAAAGUAGCUGAACAGAAUUGCUCUCUUUAUUGAAUAGAUGCACUUUAAAGUUUAUCACAUGAGGACAGACCAAUAAAAUAAGGGCCCACUGUUGCUAGAAAACAUUGUUUUGGACUCUGUUUAAUGCCUGGAAAUCACAAAUACCAUAAAUCUACAUUCUGUCAUUUUGAAAUCGUGAUUCUUGUGUUGCAUAACCAACUGAUAAGCCAAAUUUUGCCAUCUUUAUUAAUAGGUUACCAUUCUCUUUACAUAUAGCACUGUCUCUGAGUAAAUGUGGCAAGAUACAGAAAUUAAAUUAGUUCUGAAAGGAAUAUAUCCACACUAAAACACCUCAAAAAAUAAACUGUAGCUGUUUAUGCCAGAGGUGCAUAAUUGCUUUUGGUUGAGAAGAGCACACACAACCAGAUGUGUUGUAGAUCUAUACAAAUGAAGUUUAUGAUGAAGCAUAUAUGAAAAAAAAAUAGGACUUUAAAAAAGAGGAGAAAAAACCCACAAUGCACUCCACCACUUCCAUUUCUAAAGAUAAUAAAUCUCUUACAUACAGUCAUUGAAAAGUAACUUUGAAUUGAACAGAAGCACACUGAAGUCUAACCACUUUAAAAGAAGAACUAGGUCAGCAGAUUAUUACAAGCAAAACAGAGGUUUAUUCUGUGAAUUUGAAUGUUUCCUGUGGGGUCAAAUUGAGCCAUUGAGCCAUGACCUCUCUUAAAGUUGUUGUUGUUGUUUGUUUGUUUUUUCAUCAGGGAAGCUUACAGAUAGCACUGGAUAGCAGUUGGCUAUCAUUCCUCUAUAUGGUGUGAAAGCAGGGAGAGAUGGACAGGAACACUUGCAGCUCUGUGAGCACCAGGAUAGAGGCACAAGUCCAGAGAGCUGUCCUUGUACUGCGCCAUCCUGCCUGCUCCCAGCCCAGCACACACUCUCUGCAGUCUCACUGAUACCUUUUCCUAGAAUCAUUGUUUACUUUACUGGAGUAACUGGCAUGAUACGGUACUUUGAUUCCAGUAUGUGUUCCUAAUUUUAAAGCAACCUUUUUAACUAACAAAUGUUUUCUGAAUGUGACCAGCCUUAGGUGCUAGUCCUUUAAAGAUCAACUAAACUUAAUUUCAGUGUCAACUAAUGAGUAAUGAAGUAAGACCUGUACUUUUUUAGAGAGUGAGAUACAACUCCUGUUUGUGAAAAUAGGUAGACUACCAGGCAAUUGGGAUUAAUUUUCAGUCACAUCAUUAACCUAUCUUUUCCUGAUGAAUAUUAGUACUUUACCAGGCCUUUAAACACCAAUGGUUUUGUUCAGUAUCUAGUUCAAAGUAUUUAUACCCGUAAGUCACUGACAACACAGAAUUUGGGAGCAUUUAAUAAUAAAAUGCAUAAUCAUAGAAGGGUUCCAAAUAAGGCCUUAACUGAAAGCCUGUUACAUCUAGAAUUGGCUUGUGACAUGAUCUCCCAGGAUAUGCAGCACCUACUUGCUGUUGUUUUUCACAGCGGGAGCUCCUGUGUACUAGCACCUUGUCAAACAGGCUGUGCAUACACACCCCAAGCAAGCCUGCUUUCCUGAUCACAGUUAGCAGCCACUUGGCAAUAGAGUAUUACUGACUUUGUUUCGCUUGGUAGAGACAACGAAAAAAGAGAUACAGCCAUGGCAGAUGUACUGAAAAGACGGCAGUUGCCACAGAGGCCAUUAUGAAAGGGGAUGUAGACUAGCCUCAGAGCAGCUGGCCGGAAUGACUGCCAUGCGAGAACCUGAUGCGGCAGAGGAAGUGCACUCUGCAGAACUCUGGGACUGUGGCCUGGUAUCAGACAAUCAGACUAUUCAGUUAAAAACCAUACUGGGGGGCAGUAGAUAUUCACAUGAGUAUCUUCGUGAUCUGCCCAGCUGACUACAAACAAAAACGUGAGGAUAGCUGAAGAAGUAAUAUAUUGCUUUUGAAUGAUCCAUUCAUUGGGGUCUGCAAAGAGAUUUUCAUUGGGCAUAAUAUCAAUCCACAGAGAUAUUUUCUGACUUUCUAGAAAAGAGUGUAGUAUACUGUCAUUUGGACUGCCCUAACAUACUUCAGCAUCUCUAACAUUGUAUGGCUUUUAAAAACUACGGGAUGAGGUGAAAAGGGAGGCUGUUUUUAAGUUUGGUUGUUCUUUAUUAAAGCUUAUCUUAGUAUGGAUACCAAGAUAUCUGUGUGUGUAUGUGCACCUCUGUGUGAGAGAGAGUACUGUUGUGCGCACAUGAAUAUAUGCGUGGGUACGUGUGAGUGGCUGCUUCUAGGCUCUUAAGUGUCAAUGAAAAAAAAGAAAAUAAAUGUAUUGAAAAUACUUAAGACAAAAACAGAAGGUGGAAAAAAGAUUUAUUCUAUACAAAGCCUUGUCUGGACCACUUUAGAGAGACUUCUAUUUUUUUAACCCUUCUAUAAAUAUUUGAUGGCACUUGAAAUAUUCCUGCAAUAAAAUGUGAUUUGUGUAAACAUUAAAAAAAAAAGAUUUUGUAAUGUGAAACAAUGAAAGAAAGUAAUGUAAUUUUUCUAAAAAACAAAAAAAAAAACACAAAUGAACGAACUUUGUAUUAUUUUCUUGAUGGAAUUUGUCUAUUUGUCUUUGGAAAACUUUUUAUUUCAUUGAAUGUGCCAUAGUAGAGGUGUGUGUUUCUUUUUCUUUCUUUUCUUCAUUUUUUACAUUGUAGAUUUAAGGAAUAGCUGUGUUCCGACAUUCCAAAAUGCAAGAUGACAUAGCAGUCAUGAUUAAAAGGUUUGAUUAGUAAGCUUCAAUCAUUGUUGCUUUUUUUGCACAUGUUCUUCAUUCCUCUACAGUGCAAUAUGUACAUAGAGCACUUGCGGGUGUAACCUUGAUCCCUCAGGGAAAAAUACAUAUUUGUACAGGAUUUUUUUUGCCUUUUUUUUUUUUUUUUUUUUUUUUUUUGCUAAGGAAUGUCGAUUGAAUCACUUGUCUGUUGUUGAGGGGCAGCCAGAUAAUAAUCCUAAACCACUGUCACAAAACAUUGAUUGUUUAAUAAUUUUGUGCCCUUUUAUUAUUUAAAAAGAAAAAUAAAAGUUAUUUUCUGACAGUUCUUUGUGCUGAUUGGUGAAAAAAAAGGGUAAAUAUAUAAGCACCUUAUGAUUGACUUAACUGUGAAUGACAAUCCAUCUUGUUAUCAACAACAGAGGCCCUAUCGUUUUGGAGCUGGUGUUAAGAGUCAGAAACUCAUGUGCUCAGGGAUCUUCUAAAACUCUUCAACAGGGUGGCCAGUACUACUGGUGGGACAAAUUAUGUUGGGAAAAAAAAAAAAAAAAAAAAAAAAAAAAAGCUAAUCUUUCUUAAUAUUUCUUCCCUUCCCCUCUCUCCCCAGGCACAAGAGAACUGGAUAGAUUUUUUUUUUUUUUAACUAAAUGCUCUCUGUGUGCCUCGUUCUGUGACUCAGUUUUGCAAUCUAUCUGCUCCUUGGUCUUUAUUUUCUUCCAAACAAAAUUACUCCUAACAAUUGCAAAGGUUUUGCAAUUAUAUUUUAGCAAAUAAAUGAAUGCUGAUUCAUUAAUAGAUCAUGAUUGAAAUUUAAUUUCAAUAACCUCUGGACAUUGUUAUAAUCAUAGGACUUUUUCCAGGUGACUUUCAGUGUUUUGCAAUAUAAAAUGGGUUUUCAGUAUUUAAAUUGUCAAAGGAAACAAAUCAGUUUAUGAUAGUACAAUAUGAAUGAAAAUGCAAUGAUUAGGUUUUGGGAGUAAAUUCACACAGAAUAAAAGAACAGUAAUUCAAACCUUGCCUGUCAUUGUCACUUAUGCUUCAUGGUAAAGCAAAAAAACUGACAGGAAAGAAACACUAAGGCUGAAGUCAGUCAUUUUUGUAUCUAGUACAUCAAUUUCAAAUGAUCACAACAGUAGCAAAAACCAGCAAUGUCUAGUAAGUCUCUUAAGUGCCAAAUUGUAUGAUUCUGGAAGCCUAUCACAGUUAGUCUUCUUUUGUGGCUUCACAUUCUUUUGAAAAUGCAAGUAGGAAAGUAAAUAAGCAACUAUGGACAAAAUGAGCAAGAUUUCAAGACUUUGGCUAGAUCAGGAAGAGAGUGAAUUUCUCUAUAAAACGUCUUUUUUUCUUGCAAAAAGCAUCAGUUCUCCAGUAUCUUAGGUUACUGUUUUGUUUUCCACUGGGUCUAUGGUUUCCAGUUGUUUACUUGAUGUUACAUGUAAUCAUUAGGGAAACCUUUCUUAAUAUUUUGCAAGCUGACGGUCCAGUUCAGCUUGGAAUGGCUUUCUAAGGCAGACAACUGCUUAGCAAGUAUGACCUCCUGAUUAGCUUGUGUUCUGGCAACAUCACCAGAAGAAAAUCCCAACUGCUGAUUCUCUCAACAGAAAUCCUCCUUUUCAUACUUGCCGAUCAAUUAAACAUACUAUUAAAACUAGUUUAAUUAUGUAGUGGGGUGAUCCAAACAUUACAGUAUCUUGUUUUGGGCUCUAAGGAUUGACACAGAUGUUCCCCAGUCUGUACUUGAUGAACAAACAGGUUGCCAGUACAAGCUGUGCAAACAGCGUAUGAUUUUUUCCAGCAAAUUCUUGAAGUCCCCAAAAUAGAUAAAUUUACUAAUAUUAGUGUCAGAAACAGCAUUUAUCAUCCAAUAUCCCAAAAUAAGAAGCAAUUUGCUUUUGAGUAGUCAGUAUCCAAAAUUCUACCUGUCCUAGCUCAUUUAGAUUGCACAGAGGAAACGUAUUUAUUUUCCUUAGCUGGAGAAAUGUAACUACUAGAAUUAAACUUUUAUUAUUAAUACUAAUAUUUAUUACUUUAAACGUUGCAUUCCAUCAAUAUAUUUGAAUAUUAACCUCCUAUUUUCUUUUUGCUUAAAUAUUUCUGUCAGUAAAUCAUUUGGUGGAAAUGAGGGCAAAUGCAUAAGGAUACCAAAUAGAACAAAAAGAAAAGUUUUAAAAUUUAAAUGAGUUAUUUAUUUAAAAAUCAUCACAGUAUGUGCUUUAAUCCUAGUACUGUGUUAGUAGCUCACUAAAUAAUGCUAAGUCACUGGACUUGAGGGGAAAAAUAUGUAACAUUUAGGUUAAUAUACAGUCUAUCUUUGGAACUUUAUUCAGGUACUAAAUAGAAUUUUAACAUCAAAAUAAAAGCUGUAUUCUACCUAUUUCACACGUAACAUUGCUCUUUAUCUUGUCUUUUGUUUGUUUGCCUUUAUCAUCGGUAGAAUAUAGCAAUAACUUUAUAGCAAUAAGUAGGCUAUCCAAAUAAGAAAUAAAACAUGAUAAAGGCUUCAGAUCAAUACUCAUAGGUUCAGCUCUUCUGCCACAAUAUUCAUUUCUUUGUCUUCCCUCAGAAUCUCAUUACUUCUUCAAGCUGACCUUCACAAUCAAGUUGUUCAUCUUGAUGUGUGACACCACACCUUUUUGUUAACACCUGCAUGUUUUCAGUGUUCCUAUGUCCUUUGUGUACUUGUUUUCCUGUAAGUCAGUGUUUCUCAAGCUUUCUGAAAGCACAGUCCCUCUGGGCUAUAUUUCUUCAUAGAGCUCUGUGUGUUGGAAUUAACUUAGUUUUCCUGGGGUAGGGAGUGAGAACCAGGUGUAAUUACUGGCCGCCUUGCCUAGCUAAAGCAACUGAGCUGCUGCUGGGUAUUCAGCAGUAACUCCAUGGCUACCACAAGUGCAGGCAGCCAACAGCCAGUUCUUCCAGCCCCUCCACGCCAGGGGAGCUGAGCUGCAUCCACUGAGUAGGAUGAGUUCCCUGGCCAGCACAGGGCGCCUGUCUGCGCUGGCGAACAGAGCUGCUACAAUUCACAUACAACUGAGCUGUGUGAGCCUGACAGAGUGUUUUGAUAAUAAUCUAAACACUUUGGCAACUUUUAAUGGUUGUGACUUUCAGUUUGAGAAACACUAACCUAAAUUAACCCCACAGAGUCUUAAUGCAUAAACUUUACAGGAAUUUGAAAUCUGCAAUGCUGUUGUUUCUAAUGCAGAGAAUUCAUAAGCAAUACAGUGAAUUUUAUUUCACAAAAAGGCAUACGUACUGUACACCUUUCUAAAUCCAAAAUGUUCCUCAUUUCUACAUUGAUUUAGAAACAAGUUACAGAACAGUGGUGAAUAUUUGAAAUAUUAGGACAUUAACUGGCUGCUUCUUUAUAUGUAACUGUACUGUCUGCCUGCUCCUUUUCUGGAGAUGUGUUUUUGUAUUGGAUGUUUGGGCCAAUGGGAGGCUUCAAGCUACAAUGUAUUUUCCCAGUUUAAAUAUAUUUAACAUAUGACAAACCCCAGACAAGGCUUUUUAAAAUGUAUAAAGAACUGCAGUGUUAGGUGGUUUAUUUGCAAACUGUUUUCAAUGUUGUCCAUUUUUAUGGCACCUUUAACAAUAUUCUUGUUUCCAAAGUACAAAAAAGGUUAAAAAAUACUCUAGCCAUAACUGAAUGUCAAGCAAUAAAAACAAAUGACUUUUUGUGCAUAGAUUUAAAAGAAAUACAAGUUUUAGACAUCUGCAUGUAAAUGCAAUCUCUUGUUUACUGCUUUCUUAAACUUGAGCAACUGAUUCCUUAUUUUACUACUAAUUUAAGGACUUGUAAUGGCCUGUAAACAUUUUAUCUUGCUCUAUUCUUUCAACUAACUUUGUCUCUGCUUUGGAGUCAUAAUAUUUAAUGUUGUUCUGCUCACCUCUAUACAGUUAACUUUUUGCUUUCAUUCUGUAUAGAUAAAGUUAUACUAUAAACAGCCUACACAGUGCAAAUAUUUAUCUGUUUAUCAAAUACCACAUUAUGCUGUAUAAUAUCUGUUUUACUAUAUAAUCUAUUUUAGACAUAGCUGUUUAGAACUAGAGUGUGCUAUUUUUGUGUUUUUCUGAUGUGUGGUGCUAGAUAAGUUACUUUUGUGAACAAAAGCAAACAAACCCCUUUUAUUCCUAGACAAUACCACCUUUGGGUCUUGUUAAUUUCACUGAGUAUAACUAUAUAUAAAUAUAUAUAUAUUUGUGUAUAUAUAUAUAUACACCUACAUAUGCCCAACAUGUACCUGUAUCAGAGUACAAGAUUUGGGACAUGGUUUUCUCUUUAAAUGCAUAGUGUCAUUAUAUAAAUUAUUCUAUAGUAUAUUUAAUAAGGAGAAAAUUACUUCACCGGUACAGAUACUUGAUAUCAAAUGUAGAAUUUUCUUCUACAUUACUAACAUUACUAAAAAUGUUCUGUCCAGCUUGUUACCCUUUUGGUUAAUAAAUCAGUCUGCCUGUAUCGUAUCAGAAACAAGAAAAGAAUCAAAUCUAGCAGUAUAAACUAUUUACAAUAUGCUGUCUGUCUAAAAGGGAGGUAGUUACUUGGCUUGUUUGUAGAUUUCUAUCUUGUUGUGGCAUCUGAUAUUUAUAGAUGUUAUUCUGAUGGGUGCCUUCCUCCCUCUUCACAUUAAAUAGGAUCUGUACACACUCAAACCGCAGAUGUCACUAGGCUAAGCCUACACACUUAACUCCAGUUACUGUAAAUAGGAAUUUUCUGUAAAUCUUCAAUGAUAGAUCGAUGGCUAAAUUCAGUCCUUGGGUAUGCUUUAUAAAUCACACAUACAUAUCUGAGGACAGCCACUAACAACUAAAGUUAAUUAAGGAGUGGAAUUCGCAACAUUUGUCAGGUCUGGGGGUUUUGUUUUUAUUUUUCAUAUAUACCUUAAUUUACAUAGUCAUGUACCCUUAAAAGUAUUCCUAUCCCCUGUUCCUUUCAUUCUAGAUACUGUUUUCGUGUUAAUUCUUAAAAACUGAUGGAUAUCAAAUAUCUAACUAAGGAGGUAAUUAACCUUUUAAAUAUUUAUUAGAAUUUUUUCUGUAAUAUUACUGAAUUUAUAAGAUCUUUAGCAAAGAUUUUUGAGCAAUUUAUUAAAUACAAUUGUUUCUGUUUACUGCACUUUUUGAUAAUAGAAGGUAGUGAAUUUUAAAGCCAUGAUUCUUGGCUUCCAUGCACUGCUUUUAUACCCUCAAUUCAAGGAAUAUAUAUAUAUAAAUAAUUUUUUUUAAACAGCAAACAUACUGUUGUCCUAAAAAUAAAUACAAACUUUACUGCACCGUGCGUAUAUUUUCAUAAGUGGAAUGUUUAAUUGCAAACACUAUCAGGAUAAUUAUAAAAACCUCUUGAAGCUACAAUCUUAUUUAAAUAUAAGCCAUGACAAUUUUAUUUUCCCUUAUUGAUUUAAGUCACCUUUUGAUGUUUUCAAAAAGAAAAGGAGUCGCUCUAAAAUUUGUAUGUACUAACUUAUAAUGCUAGGAACACGUUCUCCCUAUUGUUUUAAUUUUAAUAGUUUGAUAUAUUUAUGCAAAAGCAUUUGGUUAACAUAUUUUCCCUGUUGACUAAAUGUUCAACAUAACAAAAUGAGAAUAAAUGAUGAUUUCCAAUAUACGUCAAUUUAAGGAUUAAGCACAUGAACUUCAAAAACCUCAUUGAGUGAUAUGCUCAAAUUUCUGUAAAUACAACUUCAAAUGAAACUAUACUGUACAUGUAAAUGUAUGCUGUCUAUGUACAGUAUGUAUAAAUUCCUUUUCUAGCCACCAUAAAAUGUAAGCCAUCAAGAGGAAUAUUAAAGUGGCAUUGUACUAAACCUUUGCUAAUGAUCUUUACCCAAUCACGUAACUUUUCACUUUCAUGGACCUUUCCAAUUCACUCUUAUGAUAGCCUGCUUAUACUCAAGUUUGUUAUUUUACUCAGUCCCGAAAAAAAGUAUUUUGAUUCAUUUUGUAAAUAUGACUGUAAAAAUAAGAGAUUUAAUGUUGUCUUUUAAAUACUCCAAUUUUCAUUCUAAUAUGAAUGUUGUUAUAUUGUACUUAGAAACUGUACCUUUAAUAUUACAUUACCUUUAUUAAGUGCAUUGAACACAUCGAUUUUAGAUGUGCUUUAUGUACUGUUAUCCUGUAAUAAAACUUCAGCUUCUAAUGGAAAAA